CAUUCUCGAAAAUACACUAAUACGGCAAGAUUUUUCAUUGUUUCAUUUUUCUCAUUCCCCCGAUUGGCCACAUUAUAGCUUGCCAGAACUUGCACGAGCUGUCGUUUAAGAACAGGCUAAGAAUAGUCGCCUCCACGACAUGCAGUUAUCACUAAAUUGGAUAUCGGGCCCCGACCCAAAAUUCAAAAGAAGAAAAUCAUACCGGAAUUACCCGUCUAGACUUUCAAACUGCAGCAAGUGAAUUGUUCUUCACUGGUCGCUUAACAAGAAAAUUCUAUUUCUAUACAGAAAAAUGAAGUGAGAAAGAAAUCCAGAAGAAAAAUGGACCAAAACCAGAGAUCAAUAGCAGCUACAACAGCUGCUUCUCGUGGUUACCAGUUCCAGCCGGCCCGUGCUGCCAUUAUCGAUCUCUUUAAUCUCUAUUUAGGAAGAAGUAGCCGCCAAAAACAUGACGAUUCAACACGCGAACCACCGAACAAAACACAAAAGCGAGUACUUGCUCUCAACAGAGAGUUACCUCCCCGAAACGAGCAAUUCCUUAUAAAUUUUGAACAACUGCAGAGCCAGUUUCCGGAUCAAGAUCAGCUGCGAUCUGUCACAGAAUCAGUGCUUAUAUCUUUAGUUAUUCAGUGUUGUAACCAUGCCCCUCGUGCAGAAUUUCUCCUUUUUGCACUGAGGAGCUUAUGUAGUAUAGGGUAUAUUAACUGGGAUACCUUCUUGCCAUCUCUGCUUUCUUCUGUAUCCUCUGCGGAAAUGUCAGCUGGUCAAGCUGGUCAAACUGUGUCAGCUAUCUCAUCUAUGAAUUCCUCGCAGAAUGUGAUACUUCCUUCUUCUAGUGCAAUCCCUAAUUCGUCAAAUUUUCAACCUUCGAAUCCUACAUCUCCAUUGGCUUCGGUACAUGGUAUUGGUUCUCCUGUUCAGUCUGCAAUUGAACCGUCUUUGCUUGCAACAGUGUCUCCUGUUAAAUCUUCUGAUAUUUCUGGUAAUGGGCAACCUUCUACAUCAAGGGUUAACUUAUCUAGUAGGGAUAAUGCUAUAAAUAGCCUACGCCAACUAUGCUGUAAGAUUAUUUUAACUGGUCUUGAGUUUAAUUUGAAGCCAGCUACUCAUUCUGAGAUUUUUCAUCAUAUGUUGAAUUGGCUGGUUAAUUGGGAUCAAAGACAACAUGGAGUUGAUGAAUCUGAUAGUGUGAGAUCCUGGAGACCUGAAAAAGCUCUGAUUGAAUGGUUGCGCAGUUGUCUAGAUGUUAUUUGGCUGUUAGUUGAUGAGAAUAAGUGUAGAGUGCCCUUUUAUGAGUUAUUGCGCAGUGGUUUGCAGUUUAUAGAGAAUAUACCAGAUGAUGAAGCUUUAUUUACACUUAUCUUGGAGAUCCAUCGGAGGCGAGAUAUGAUGGCCAUGCACAUGCAAAUGUUAGAUCAACAUCUUCAUUGUCCCACGUUUGGUACUCAUCGGAUUCUCUCACAAACAACUCCUAACAUUUCAGUUGAAGCGGCAGCUAACUUGCGCUAUUCACCAAUCACAUAUCCAAGUGUCCUUGGAGAACCACUGCAUGGAGAGGAUCUUGCAAAUUCCAUUCAGAGGGGAAGUUUGGAUUGGGAAAGAGCUUUGCGGUGUAUAAGGCAUGCUCUUCGCACUACUCCAUCACCUGACUGGUGGAAGCGAGUGCUACUUGUGGCUCCCAGCUAUAGGAAUCCUGCUCAUGGGCCUACUCCUGGUGCUGUUUUCGUUUCUAGCAUGAUUUGUGAGGCAACAAUUGAUAGAAUUGUUGAACUACUGAAGCUAACAAAUUCAGAAGUUAAUUGUUGGCAGGAGUGGCUUGUCUUCUCCGACAUACUAUUUUUCCUUAUGAAGAGUGGAUGUAUUGAUUUUGUUGAUUUCGUGGAUAAGCUAGUUGCACGUCUCACAGAAGGUGAUCAGCACAUUCUUCGCACGAAUCAUAUGACGUGGCUGCUUGCACAAAUUAUUCGAGUCGAGAUUGUGGUGAAUGCAUUAACUACAGAUGCUAGAAAGGUAGAGACAACAAGAAAGAUUAUGUCAUUUCAUAGAGAAGAUCGAAGUUCAGACCCUAAUAAUCCUCAAAGCAUAUUGCUUGAUUUUAUAAGCAGCUGUCAGAACUUGCGUAUCUGGUCAUUGAACACAUCGACGAGAGAAUAUCUGAAUAGUGAGCAGCUUCAGAAAGGAAAGCAAAUAGAUGAAUGGUGGAGAACAGUGACCAAAGGUGAUCGCAUGAUUGAUUACAUGAAUAUGGAUGAUAGAUCAAUUGGAAUGUUUUGGGUUGUGUCCUACACUAUGUCACAGCCAGCUUGUGAAACAGUGGUGAAUUGGUUAUCCUCUGCUGGAGUUUCUGAGUUAGCAGGGACAAGUAUGCAGUCCAAUGAGAGAUUAAUGGUGAUGAGGGAAGUAAACCCGUUACCAAUAUCGUUAUUAUCUGGCCUUUCACUGAAUCUAUGUCUAAAGUUGGUCUUUCAACUGGAAGAUUCUUUAUUUGCUGGGCAGGUUAUUCCUAGCAUUGCAAUGGUUGAAACAUACUGUCGAUUGCUGCUCAUUGCACCUCACUCAUUGUUUCGUUCGCACUUCAGUCAUUUGGCACAGAGGUAUCCAUCCUUAUUGAGCAAGCCUGGAGUGACUCUACUGGUGUUUGAAAUUGUGAAUUACCGAUUACUUCCACUAUACAGGUACCAAGGGAAAAGCAAAUCAUUGAUGUAUGAUGUUACAAAAAUAGUUUCUACUUUAAAAGGGAAACGAGGAGAUCAUCGUGUAUUUCGGCUUGCAGAAAACUUGUGCAUGAAUUUAAUUUUAUCGCUGAGAGAUUUUUUCUCUGUGAAAAGAGAAGGGAAAGGUCCAACUGAAUUCACUGAAACUUUGAAUCGUGUCACUGUAAUUACUCUUGCCAUUAUCAUCAAAACCCGUGGCAUUGCUGAUGCUGAUCACUUGCUCUAUCUCCAGACUAUGCUAGAACAGAUUAUGGCAACUAGCCAACACACAUGGUCAGAGAAAACACUGCGCUACUUUCCUUCUCUUCUUCAUGAUGCCUUGAGUGGGAGGAUAGAUAAAAGGGGGCUAGCUAUUCAAGAAUGGCAGCAGACAGAGACAACUGUUAUCAACCAAUGUACCCAGCUUCUCUCACCAUCUGCUGAGCCUGCUUAUGUUAUGACUUACAUCAACCAUAGUUUCCCUCAGCACCGACAAUAUCUGUGUGCUGGUGCAUGGAUACUGAUGCAGGGGCAUCCAGAAAACAUCAAUAGUGUUAAUCUGGCACGUGUUUUGAGAGAAUUCUCUCCUGAAGAAGUGACUUCAAAUAUUUAUACUAUGGUGGAUGUUCUACUUCAUCGUAUUCAAAUGGAACUUCAGCAUGGACAUUCCUUACAGGACCUUCUGUUGAAAACUUGUGCAAACCUUGCGUUUUUUGUUUGGGGUCAUGAGCUGCUUCCUUUGGAUAUCUUGCUUCUUGCCCUCACUGACCGUGACGAUGAUCCUCAUGCUUUGCGAAUUGUGAUCAGUCUACUUGACAGGCAAGAGCUUCAACAAAGAGUGAAAUUAUUUUGUAUGAAUCGUGGGCCUCCUGAGCAUUGGCUUUUCUCUGGAGUUUUCAAGCGUCUUGAGUUGCAAAAAGCACUUGGAAAUCAUCUCUCAUGGAAGGACAGGUAUCCCACAUUCUUUGAUGAUAUUGCAGCUCGUUUGCUUCCUGUCAUCCCCUUAAUUGUUUAUAGACUCGUUGAAAAUGAUGCCAUAGAUCCUGCUGAUAGAGUUCUGGCCAUGUAUUCUCCAUUUCUAGCAUAUCACCCCUUAAGAUUCACAUUUGUUCGUGAUAUACUUGCAUAUUUUUAUGGUCAUCUUCCUGGAAAGCUCAUUGUGCGGAUACUAAAUGUAUUAGAUCUCAGCAAGAUACCAUUUUCCGAGUCGUUCCCACAGCACAUUAGUUCAUCGAACCCUGUUAUGUGCCCACCUCCUGAGUAUUUUGCAACUCUGUUGUUGGGACUUGUGAACAAUAUGUUACCCCCAUUAAAUACCAAUUCCAAGUAUGGAUCACUUGGAGAUGGUUUGUGCAAUUCACUACGGAAUCCGAACACCAAAACUCCAGCUACGUCUCAGUCUGGGCCAACAAAUAUUUCUGAUGCCCAGAAAGCUUUCUAUCAAAUUCAGGAUCCUGGAACUUAUACUCAACUGGUUCUUGAAACUGCAGUAAUUGAACUGCUAUCGCUUCCGGUGACUGCAUCCCAGAUUGUAUCAUCUCUAGUUCAAAUUGUGGUUAAUAUACAACCAACUCUAAUACAGUCCAGCAAUGGUCUGCAUGGAGCUUCUAAUGGCGCUGGGCAAGGAUCAGUUUUACCAACAUCCCCUUCAGGGGGAAGCACAGAUUCCUUAGGUGCAAGUAGAUCAAAUCCUUCAGUUUCCGGAAUCAAUACUGCUACUUUUGUUUCUCGAAGUGGUUAUACUUGCCAGCAACUAUCUUGCUUAUUGAUCCAAGCUUGUGGUCUCCUACUGGCUCAGCUUCCUCCUGAUUUUCACUUGCAACUUUAUAUGGAGGCAUCUCGUAUAAUAAAGGAGAGUUGGUGGCUCACUGAUGCCAAAAGAUCACUCGGGGAACUAGACUCUGCUGUUGGCUAUGCUUUGUUGGAUCCAACAUGGGCUGCUCAGGACAAUACCUCAACAGCCAUUGGUAAUAUAGUUGCCUUGCUACAUUCUUUCUUCAGUAACCUUCCACAGGAAUGGCUAGAAGGGACGCAUGCAAUUGUUAAACAUCUCAGGCCAAUAACAUCUGUUGCAAUGUUGAGGAUAGCUUUCCGAAUAAUGGGUCCCCUGCUACCAAGACUUGCCAAUGCUCACUCUCUCUUCAAUAAGACCCUCUUAUUGCUUUUAAACACAAUGGUUGAUGUAUUUGGGAGGAAUUCACAGCCAUCAACUCCAGUUGAAGCAUCGGAAAUAGCAGAUCUUAUUGACUUCCUCCAUCAUGUUAUCCAUUAUGAAGGGCAGGGAGGGCCUGUCCAGGCUAAUAGCAAGCCUAGAGCUGAGGUCCUGGCUCUUUGCGCGAGAGCUGCAGAAAGUCUUCGUCCAGAUAUACAGCAUCUUCUUUCACACCUGAAGCCUGAUGUGAAUUCUUCUAUAUAUGCUGCUACUCAUCCAAAGUUAGUGCAGAAUCCCUCAUGACUGUCAAGUUGAAUUAGCAUUCCUCAUAGCCUGAUAGUGAGAUAGAAAGACUUUUUGGGCUCAGAUGUACUUGAUUUAACUAGCUUCAUAGUAUAGAUUCUGCUGCUCUGUAGUACCUUUAAAUUCUGAGGCAUUGCUUGAAGUAAAGUAGCAACGAAAGGAUUAGAACUUGAUUUACCCGCAGCCCUAACAAAGGAAAAACAAAUUUUACUUCGAAGCUUUGGAAGUUGGGAGGUUCUGCACCCUGUCCUUUUCGGAGCAGGAAGGUCUUAAACCAGCACUCUUUGCCGUGGAAGAUGUAUAAAUUUUUGUCCCAAGUUGAAAGGAUGAACAUUGCUUCCCUUCCUUUUCUAUUUUUCCUUUGAAGAAAAAGAAUAUGUUUUUAAUUAACCAACUGUAAAUAUGUUUUUGCACAUAUCCUGUGAUGUGGUGUUAAAUUAAGAAUAUUAAUCUUAGAGCUAAUUUGGUA